AGAAGAAACUCCAGAAGCAGAGAGAGACCUCAAUCAUCUGGAUUUCUGCGACAUAUGGAUGGGGAGAGAAUCCAAAGCUCUCCUUUGGUUUGUCUCUUCCUCACUCUCCUCUCUUCUCCCACCCACCCCUUCUCUCUCGCUGUGGGUGUGCUGUGGAGAGGAGAAAGGAACGAGAGCAAGAACCAACACCAACUAGAGCUGCUGCCAACCCGUGCACAGCCUGGGCUCUGAUCAUUGAUUGCCCAACAAUUACCUUCCUCUUUUGUGAUUUAGAAUCCCAUCUAUCUCUUAUAUAUCUCUUCUCUUGGUUCUUUGUGAACUCUCUUCUCUUUUAGAUUUCCCGGGCUUCACGAUAGGCCUCUGCACCGAAGUUUGCCAAGUAGUUGCUGUUCUUGGUUUUCUUGAUUUCUUAGGUCUUGAAUUUUAGGGUUCUCGAGUUUCUUGUAUUUUCCCCCAAUCUUGCAAUCUUGUAAGAAGCCUUGAGUUGUCUUUGCUGUUCGGACUCCAUGGAUGAGAGGAUCCCACCACCGUCCCUCUUGCAGUACUCACCAUCUCCUGUCCAUUCUUCUCCCCACCCCCUCAAUUCCAUGAGGUAUUCUGCUUCUGAAAGAGAGAGAUAUCUGGCUGAGUUGCUUGCCGAGAGGCAGAAAUUAGCCCCAUUCGUGCAAGUUCUUCCAUUCUGUACCAGGCUCUUGAACCAAGAGAUUUUGCGCGCAUCUUCUAUGGCACAUAACCAUAAUUUUGUUGAUCCUGAGAGAAUCGAGCAUGGUAGCCCAUUAAGGUUACCUGGCCACCCAGUGAAUGGUCAGCCAAUGGAUCUGGAGGGCUGGUCAGGGAUGCAAACAGAGCAUAUGGGGGUUCUACAAGCAUCAUCAAUGGGUUGGAAUGGUGCUCCCGCGCUCACUGGCACUCCUGUUGUCAAGAAAGUUGUGAGGCUAGAUAUUCCUGUGGACAAGUAUCCUAAUUUCAACUUUGUUGGUCGUUUGUUGGGGCCGCGUGGUAACUCCCUGAAAAGAGUUGAAGCUUCAACCCAAUGUAGAGUUUAUAUUAGGGGACGUGGUUCUGUGAAAGAUUCUGUUAAGGAAGACAAGCUGAGGGAGAAACCUGGAUAUGAACACCUCAAUGAACCACUGCAUGUGCUUGUGGAAGCAGAGUUUCCAGCAGAUAUUAUUGACUCCCGCCUAAAUCAAGCUGUUUCCAUCCUAGAUGAUCUUCUGAAACCAAUUGACGAGUCCAUGGACUACUACAAGAAGCAACAGCUGAGAGAACUGGCAAUUCUAAACGGUACACUGAGAGAGGAAAGCCCAAGCCCUCUCCUCAGCCCUAGCGUGUCCCCUUUUAACUCAACCGGGAUGAAGCGUGCGAAAACAGGGCGGUAAUCCUCCCAGUUCUGAAAGCUUCAUUCUCCAAAAUCAAUUAUGCUUUAACGCUCAAUUACAAGCUGUUGUACUGCUGGAGAUGAUUGGUGAUGCAUAUGCUGGGAUCAUCAGUGCUGGCCUAUGCCUGUCAUGAUCUGCGCGCUUUAUCGACACUUGAUAUGUCCUUAGACGAAUGGUCUCUGUGGGCUUGUUGUUUGACUCUAUUAUUAUUUAUUCUUUGUGCAUCUGAUUUGCGAAGUAUUAACAUUAUUGGUUUGGGUAAGUUAACAAGGCCGGUUGGCCACUCUAGAAGCUGGGAUUCAUUAUUCCGGACAAUAAUAAGGUUUUGUUGGUGUACCUGGAGUAGUUGUAAUAUGUCAAGUGCUGAUGCUUUUGUGUGGUGCUAGUACAGGACGACCAGACAGCUAUAGUUGAGACAACCUCAAUGAUUAUUUGCAUUCAUA